ACCACUUGGAUUCAGCGGUACACCACUUGGAUUAAGCGGUACAUUACUUGGAUUAAGCGGUACAUUACUUGGAUUAAGAGCAGCCAGAAGAUGAGUGGUUAUACACGGUGGAUUAUCCUGAUCAUUUGGAGCUGUGAACAUCACGUGGAAGGAUACAGCAGCGUGGUUCCGGCUUGUGACAGCGACAUUUACUGUAACGGGUCGUUACUGCAUGCCGUACAGACUUCUGGUAUAUUUAAAGAUUCCAAGACGUUUGUGGAUAUGAGUCUGAAGGCAUCAGAAGAGACGAUCCUGUUGGAAUAUCACAAAUUGCAAAUCCAAUAUAAGGACACUGUUCCCAAAGUAAAGCUGGCUGAAUUCGUGGACACGUACUUCGCGGGGCCAGGGGAGGAGUUCAUACCGUGGACACCUACAGAUCUACCUCGCAUGUAA